AUGAUUUCUGAAAUUCCUGCACAUUUCAUAACUGUUCCUAGUCUAAACCGCUACCCUAGACCAAGGCCAGAACCUCUGGUUGCUCCGGAUUUCCCAAUCCAAGCAGUACCUCUGGCCUCAAUGUCUCCUCCACCUCCUCCUCCUCAUUCUCCUCUUCCAGAGCAUGCUGAAUCAGUCUCAAACCAUUCCUUAGAAAAAUCACAAAUCCCUGAGACUGAAACCUCUCAUCAAAACCCUGAGACCAACAUAUCUGCACAUCAGACUCUGCAGAUUGGCUCUCCCUCUGAGGACGCAGGGCAGGAGCGUUUGGAAUCAGAUGUUGCCCGUUCGAAACUUUCUUUCGAGAAGGCUAAGUCUGAUCUAGCUGUUUCUAAGAAAGCCCAAGAGGAUGCUGAGGCGAAAAAAUCCGGCCUUGAAGAGCGUGUUUCCAACUUGCAAAACGAGUUGGAAACCACGCGGGUCGUCUUGGAGGAGAAGCUGCGGAAGAAAGAAGAUGAAAUCGCCAAAAUCAAGUCGCGUCACCAGGGUGAGGUUGAAGCUCUCCAAGGGGAUCUCGCAAAAGCCAACGCUGACAAUGAAAUAUUGACCGGAAAGGCCAUAAAGAAGUAUGAAGAAGGCUUUAUGUACGCGAAACAUCAAUUUCGGCUUCUUGACCCUGAAAUUAACUUGAAGGCCUUAGGAGCUUAUAAGCGGAUUGUCGACGAAGAAUUGGUCGAGUCCGAUGAUUCAGAUUCCGACGAUUCUAAAGAUGAGUCCGGCGAUGAGGAGCCCAUUGCUGGCGAUCCUGCUGAGCCUAACCCGGAUAACGAAGGGGCUAAGAUUAUUGAAGAAGUAGCUGUUGAAGAUCCCGCCACUCCCCGUGUUGAGAUCUAG